UCCACCAGUCCGUUCUUGAAUCAUCCGACAUUCCAUCCUUCCAAUUCAAGAACCUCCGUUCCCUGUCCUUCAGCCGCUGCCUCUUUCAAGCAAGGCGCCCCAGCCGCCGGAUUCGCCGGUACCCGCCUCCGCAACAUCCGACGACCUGCGACACCCGUCUACGGUCAGACGACUCAGCGACACAUGGCGACGGUUGCGACGAUUAAGGUCGGCGACAAGCUGCCCGACGGCAGCCUGUCGUACUUCGACGCUGAGGGCGCGCUGCAGAGCGUCACUAUCGAGUCGCUCACCAAGGGCAAGAAGGUGGUGCUGUUCGCCGUGCCCGGCGCCUUCACGCCGACGUGUUCGCAGAAGCACCUGCCGGGCUUCAUCGCCAAGGCGGACGAGCUGCGCGCCAAGGGCGUCGACACCAUCGCGUGCGUGUCCGUCAACGACCCCUUCGUCAUGCGCGCGUGGGGCGAGUCCGUCAACGCGGCCGGCAAGGUGCUGCUGCUGGCGGACGGCAGCGGCGUGUACACGGCGGCGCUGGGCGCUAGCCUGGACCUGAGCGACAAGGGCCUGGGCGUGCGGUCGCGGCGGUACGCGCUGCUGGCGGACGACGGCGUGGUUUCCGUGCUGAACCUGGAGGAGGGCGGCGCAUUCACCAACAGCAGCGCCGAGGACAUCCUCAAGGCGCUCUAGACGCGCGGACGGCUGGAGUGGAGUAGACGCUGGGAGGGAUCCAUUAGUGGGAGACAGGGAGAUCAUUAUGUCUAUACCAUAAUUGGGCUUGUAAAUUCUGACCACCUUCAAGUGGUAAUGUAGCCCUUGCCUAAACUGACUGUACUAGGCUACUAGCACCAGUGAAUCCCUUGCUACAUUCCUUGAACCGGUGCCCUGUGUAUGUGCAUUCCAACCAUAGUGCUUCA